GGUGCCGGUGAGGGGCGGGUGACGCAGCGGCCGUCGCUGCCAUUUUAAGUUGUUUGUUCUCGCUUCUUUUCUCAAACGCGACUCUGCCCCGGACCCGGGAGGCGCCCGAGGCCGCCGCCGCUUCCGCAGCCAUCGGUGGGGGGGGAACGAGGCUGUGCCACCGCGGACGCUCACCAUCCGCUCCGGCUUUUCCCCCUCCGGGUCUCCUCGACCUUCUUUCCUGAGAACGGAACCCGACUGUGGGGGGAAGAAAGACUCAAGAGCAGAUGCUUGAACUGAAAUAACUUUAUUUUGGGGGGUUUACUUCUCUGACAGACCCCUUAGCGCAGGGCUCCCUUUCCCUCCUUCCCUUCCCCCUCCGCCGCCAGUACCAAUCUAACUCCCUCUCUUUCUCCUCGAUUUUCCUCCUUUUCUUUUUCUCUCCCGGUCGCCGCUGCCCCCACGUCCUUCCCCUACGUCGCCGUCCAGGGCGCCGAGCCAGACUAUGGGUCCCAGGUGGGGGCUGAGCGGCGGCAGCAGCGCGGGCGGCCCGGUCACAGUGCGCACUGCAGCGGGGAUGGAGGGGCUCAGUUGGCUGGUGGUUUUCUCUUGACAUGGCUCCUGCCCGUGCUGCGAGCAGCGCCCCCGCCGCCGCCUCCUCUUCCGCCGCCGCCACCGCUCCGCCCGCAGGCUAGAGGGCCCAAACCCCCGCCUGAGAGUCGGUCCGUGAGUCCCGGUCUCCGCGGGGACAGGGAGGGGAUUUCCCCGUCACCCACCCCGCCCCAGCUGCCUUGAUUCCAACCCCUGCCCCCUUGGGAAACUAACGACCCCACCCUAAACAAUCCAAACUCUGGAAACAUGGUCUGUUCAACUUGAGAGCUAGCUAAUCCGGAAUCCGGGAACUUAAUUUUUCUUGGGGGUGGGUGGGCUUACUUUAAAAAGUAAUAUUAACACAACUAUUUUCUUUUUUUCCCACUGAUCCUUCCCAUUUACCCACUCCCGCCUACUCUACCCGGGCGGGAAUUGUUUCCACGAUGAAAUGAGUGAAAACCUGAGUGAUCCUGUGUCUCCCGUGGUGCGAAAGAAAAAGUCGGCACUUUUUGAAGUGUCUGAGGUUAUACCAGUCAUGACAAAUAAUUAUGAAGACAAUAUCCUGAAAGGUGUGCGAGACUCCAGCUAUUCCUUGGAAAGUUCCAUAGAGCUUUUACAAAAGGAUGUGGUACAGCUCCAUGCUCCUAGAUACCAGUCUAUGAGAAGGGAUGUAAUUGGCUGUACUCAGGAGAUGGAUUUCAUUCUUUGGCCUCGGAAUGAUAUUGAAAAAAUUGUCUGUCUCCUGUUUUCUAGGUGGAAGGAAUCUGAUGAGCCCUUUAGGCCUGUUCAGGCCAAAUUUGAGUUUCAUCACGGUGACUAUGAAAAACAGUUUCUGCACGUACUGAGCCGCAAGGACAAGACUGGAAUUGUUGUCAACAAUCCUAACCAGUCAGUGUUUCUCUUCAUUGACAGACAGCACUUGCAGACUCCAAAAAACAAAGCUACAAUCUUCAAGUUAUGCAGCAUCUGCCUCUACCUGCCACAGGAACAGCUCACCCACUGGGCAGUUGGCACCAUAGAGGAUCACCUCCGUCCUUAUAUGCCAGAAUAGAGUGCUGACCAGCAAAAUGGAGAAGAUCAGAGAAUGCAGCAGCGAUUUUUUUCUUAUUUUUUCUUACCACUUUAUUCUUUCAGAGUUUAAAGAAAAUGGACUCAUGCACAGAACACUAUGCAUUUUGAAACUUGUUCAUCCUGGAUUUUUUUUUUAAUCAUUUGUAUCUCAGAACUUAAAAAAAAAAUUAGAUGUCUUCUGCACGGACUGUGUGAAAGAAGAUGCUUUGCAUAUUUGCUGCACUGCAUCAGCAUCUUACUAAAAAUGUGAAAUGAAAGGACUAUUGUACACUGAAAUGCUUAAAUGUAUUUGAAAGCACAAGGUGAUACUCAUUUUUGAUGGUCUUCCCAUUUGUGCUGGUUUUUUGCCUCUUUGACAUCUGUCAUCAGUAUUUAGAGGGUGAGAAGUGAAUGUAACAGGUAUAAAUAACAUUUUCAAAAACUUAAUAGCUUUGCUAUAAUCACCGUUGUUCCAGAGCACUGUCAGAUUCAUUCUGAUAACCAGAAGUGGUUGUUUAAAAAAGAAAUUACAACCAUGGGAAAGAAAUCUUAAAUGAAAAAAGCAUCUCAUUGUAGGCAUUCUUGCCUCAUGUUUUACUGGGCCAUGUUUGUUUCCUGGUACUCAUAAAUACAUGUAUUUUCUUUCCAGAUCUCUUUCCCCAAGUUGCUGUUGUAAGAGUAUUCUGCUGAGUGUGGAUGCAGUUAUACACAUUAAAGCAGAUCUGGAGUCUGAAGUAGCUAAAGCAGCUAUAAAACUGAGAAAUACAUUCAUAGCUGCAGAAACCAUGAUAGAUAGAGGACUUUCCUUUUUGGUUUUUGUUUUGCUUUUGGGUUUUAAAAAGAGAUUUUUAUUACAAAGAAAAAAAAUCCAGUGAAUUGUGCAGAAAUACUGGUUUCUACACUUCCUAAAGAAAAACUUAGAGGGUUUUUUGGAGUAGAAAAAAGUUAUAAAAGUUGGAAUAUUAAAUUGUAAAAAUAACCAUUGAGUGUCAAAGUUCUAAAAGCAGAACACAUUUUGUGCAAUGAACAUAAGGAAAGACUACUGUAUAGUUUUGGUUUUUUUUUCUUUUAAAUGAAGAAAAGCUUUGCUUAAGGGUUGCAUACUUUUAUUGGAGUAAAUCUGAAUGAUCCUACUCCUUUGGAGUAAAACUAGUGCUUACUGGUUUCCAAUUGUAUUUAGCUUCUGGUUGGAAUUUGAAAAAUGAAAACCUAAAUAAAAUAGGUGAAAGUUCCCUGACUUUUCAGGUGAAUACACAAA